UUUAAUGCCUGUGACGCGUGUCUGGAGCUCCGCAUUUCGGGCGCAAGUCGCCAACUUCAAGCCAUGGCUCAUCUCCACCGAGGCACGACGACCAUCCCUCUUUGAGAUCUCCAUCCAACGUGCUGCUCGUUGUGCCACUGGCUUUACUAUUUCUCAAUGGCGCAGGCAGACCUCAAGAAUCGCAUAAGGAGCGACUACAAGUUCCAGUUAGAGUACCGGACACGAUGGAGCGAUAAUGAUAUGUAUGAUCACAUGAACAAUAGCAUAUACUACUUUCUCUUCGACUCAAUCGUGAAUACCUACCUGAUAGAACGCUGCGCCCUAAACCCGCCGACUUCGGACCGCAUCGGCCUAGUGGUACAUUCCCAUUGCGACUACUUCUCUCCCGUCGGAUUUCCUGCCGUAGUGGAUUUGGCGUUGCGAGUGAACAAGCUGGGCAAGAGCAGCGUGACCUACGAAAUUGGAGUCUUUGAAAGAGGAGAAGAUUCUGUCAAGGUAGUCGGAGAGUUUGUGCAUGUCUUUGUGGAUAGAAAUAAUCGGAAACCGAGGGCGGAUGGGAUGGGGCCGGGCCUCAGGGAAGGCCUGGAAAGAAUACUGUCUACGUCGAAAUCGAAGCUAUGAAAGUCCCAUACGAGAUGAACCCCUUGGAUCGAUGGAACACGUGAGAGAUAACGUCCCGGAGGCUGAUUUCUGGUGUCGGAUUGAAAGAUCUGGUUCGACGAGGCGUAUCCGGCUGACCUCAUUGAUAUACCUGUUCUUAGAGAGCCACGACGAGGGAACUGAGUUGCAGGGUCGAUUGUCCGUCCGAAACUCUCUGUCGCUACCUGAGUGGCCAAGCGAGUUUACCAAGUGAUCAAAGGGAUGAAGUUCCACCUCACCCUGCUUCCCGGAGACUAUCUUGAAGCUUCUCGGGGCAGUGGCCGGAAGAUUUUAUAGGCUAACUUCGACGCAUAUUCUUUGACACCGUAC